GUCCACAUGGCUCCACUUGUAUGUUUUUUUCAGACUCUUCUCUCUGAGGUGAGAGGCAGCAGGUUUCUUCUGUGUGGACGGCCAGUCACCUGACCUGCCAUCGCUAUGAGCAGGGAGGCUUGUCCUCGUGGCAAGAAGUGGGACAGACUACUCGUCACCUGUGUCCCCUCUCCAACCCCACAAGAUGACCUCUGGAUGACCACAGGAAGACCCCUGCCUCGGCCUCAGCCAGCCACAGGUUCCCCUGUGGUAAGGUGGGCGACGGAUGCCUCGGCCACCAUGGGAGACCCUGCUUUCAGCCUGGCUGUGUGGGUCUCUGUCGGGGUGGUGGUGAACUGCUCCGUCCUGGCUCUCUGCCUCUGGUUCAUCAUAUACAGACUGCGGGCCACACACACUAACUCAGCAGAUGACCCAGAGGCAGGUCUGGAGGUUCCAGAUAAAACCCAUCCAUCUAUGGACAGACCCAGAUACCAUGGUUCUGUGGUGGUGUUACAGAGGGAGAGGGGAAGUCCUCAAUCCUGGCCCCAGAUGAACGGUGGGGGGGACCACACAGCCUUCAGCCAGGAAGAGGGUCUCCCUUGCUGCAGGGAUUCCCCAGGGUGUGGUGGCGGUCAGGGGGAGUGGGGUCAGGGGGAGGGGGGCCUGGUAAUGUGCAGGUCUGUGAGGGAACAUGUGAUCCCACUUCCUGCAAUUGAGCUUGGGGACGCAGCCUUGGUGACCACCAAGACUGUACAGUGCUCCAACUGAGUGAACUGUCUUGUCUGUGUUUUGUUCGUAACGUGUGCUUCUGUAAUGCUUUUCAAGUGUUUAUUUUGGUCAUGUGUUGUGUUGGUGAGGCAAGAUAAUAUUAAUAUUUUGCCAUAUGUGCUGCUACUGUGAGUAUUAUCAAAAAUGACAUGAAGUCGAUUGGAUUCCAAUGAAAACUUUCUUAAAGGAUGUUUUAAUUGAAAUAUACUGUACAUUAUUUUUAGAUUAGUUCAUUUCGUAAACAAUAUUGAUUAUUUGUGUUGUAUUCAAAAGAGUAAAAUACAACUCUCCACAGUUGACAGGUAUUUUGAAACAGAACCCAGACACAAAACAAUACAUACACCCAUGUUUGUAGAAACUGAUUGACAGUUUAAUAAACUAACACACACACACAUUUAAAACAUCUACAAAUCAUGGAACGGUUUGAAAUGGAAGGGAGAAAACAGGACAACGGCGGAUAUCGCCAUUUUUUUUACGACGUAGUUAAGGCGGCAGGCGUGUGUUGCUUAGGCGGCCGCCUUAACUGAAAAGUGCUGCGGGAAACCCUGCAUUUGGUUAAGAUAAAUAUUCAACAUCAAAGAGACUGUAUAGAAGCAGGUCAUUUGGUCUAACUAUACAUACAUUGUAACGAGGUGCAGGGAGAACCCAAGCUCAAGGAGACAGACGAGGCAGGGCUCACGAAACAACAAAGGUUUACUAAUAAAGGUGGAGACAGGAGGGAUGAACAAGUACGAGACACAGGCUACACGAAACACACUACAAAGACUGAACAAAUAACAGGGACUUAAAUACAGAACCAAACAAGACACAGGUGAACGCAACAACACUAACGAGACCAUUGACAGACAUCCAACAGGACACAGGCGAACCUGAUGCACACAGAACACAGGGACACACUAGGGAAGGCCAACAUAGACACGGGUACGGCUGUGGGCGUGUCAUACAGAAGAGGAUAUGAGAUGUUUUCGAUUCAGUACACACACAGGACCACAUUCAGUUUUUAAGAUUACAAUGGAGGCAGGAGAAUGAAGGUAUCAGUAUAAAGUUCAUUGUUCACCACAUGGACUCGUUACAAAUUGGAAACAUCUUUUUGUCCAAAAAAAGCGUUCAUUAAGCAUUUUGAAGCAUAUAAAGUCACUAUUAUACCUAAGUGCUACAAUCAGUCAUAUACAGGGCUGGA